AAUGUCAGAGGAUAUUAAGACUAGAGCUAUAAAUUAUUUGAAUUGCACACUUGGAGAUAUGCAUGAAGGAGAGCAACUAAAUUUUGUUUGUCUUGAUACAACUUGCAAAGAAAUGGGUCUUAUAUGUCCAGUUUGUAGAUCAUAAAAACAUGCAAAACAUAAAGUGAUUCCAUUAAAGAUAUUCCUUGCUGAUAUUUCAAAUAAUGUUAAUGGAAAAUAGAAUCAAAAUUCUAUUGACUAAUUAUUGACUUAAAUAGAUCAAGUGCGUACCAAAUUAUUAUCAAGUCUUAAAGAGACAGUACAAAAAAUGGUUUUGUAUAUUAUUUAUACUACUAUAAGAUAAAUAAAAUUAUUGGAAGAUUAAAUCAAUUUAAGUCACAAGAAUACUAAACAAAGAUUAUUGGAAUAAAAUUAAACAUAAAUGAAUUUUCCAUAAAUAUUUUAGUAAAUACUCAAUAGUCAAUAUAAAAAUGUUGAUUAACUUAAAUAGGAUGUUAGAAAGAUAAUAGAUAAUGUUAGUUAAUAAUAGGCUGGAAAGAUUGAAAUAGAUUUCAAACCAUAGAGAUUAUUUGAUUAAUAUUAAAAAGCUGUAAUCUAAUUCAUACUUAAUAUUGUAGUCUUAAGAAGCAAUUGCUUAAUUUAAUCAUUUACUUACGUAAUUUAAAUCAUCAACUUCCAAAAUUUCUAAGCCUAUUGAAAAAUUCACUUUACCAAUAUUAGCAUAAAAUUCAACUAAUUUCACAUUUAGUAGUGUUGUAAAAUCUCCAUCGAUUAAUAUUACAGAAUAAAAGAAUGCUCAUCAAACUGCUAAUUAAAAUAGUGAAAAUAGGUUUAUAUUAAUUGAACCUCAAAUUGUAGAGUCUUGUAAAAUAGCUAUAAAGAUUUCCAAUUUAACAAAUUUUAUUGGCAUAGGAAUUGCUUAUAAAAAUGUUCUUUUAGGAAAGAAGUAAUAAAGUAUAAUAACAUUUUAAGUAUGAAAUUUGAUCAUUAAAAUUUGGGACAUGGUUCUUAUAUGAUAUCUUCAAAUGCACAUACUUGGUCUCAUUCUAAAAAAGAAGAGAAUAUGGUUUAGAAAUCAUUCACUUUUACAACUGGUGAUAUUAUUAUUGUGGAAGUUAAUUUAGAAAAUAAGGUAAAUCUUUUAUCAAAUUUAGACACUUAAAUUUACAUGUAAAAAUAAACCAAAUGAUACUUAAGCUAUAACAUUAACAUUUGAUAAUCCAGAUAAUGAUGAUAUUCAUUUCUGUAUUAAUAUGUGUUCUUCUGGUGAGAAAGUAGAAAUCUUAGAUGAAUUGGAAUGAUUGU